UGAAAUUACCAUCUCCUCGAAACGCCUUAGGUCAGGGGCUGCCUGGUUGUUCGCUUUUGCUAAACCCUUCUCAGCUCUCAGCCUCUCGCAGAUCAUAGGCUCACAGCCAUCUCCAUUAGCAGAUACUCUUUGACGUUGAAGGAGGAGUCCUACAAUGUUAAGCUGCAGAAAUUUUUUGUCUAAAGCAAUAAGGAAGAAGAAUCUAAAGGCCAAAAACAAAGCAAGAAAAAAAAACAUUGCCCGAAGAAAACAAGACUCCAUUUUCAAACACCAACAUCUCCAGGAAGACCAAGAAAUACAAGAUAUUGAAGAAGAGUCAGAAGGGUUUAGCCUUAAAGCCUCAGCUCCUUCUCACACUUAUGGGGUCCAACCACUGGGCAACCUUUACCUGAAUCCAGGUUCUGUCAACUCCAGAAACACAGGUUUAGGUAGUCUCCAAACUUUGUCUGAUGAACUUAUUCUUGACAUUCUGGGGCUUCUUGAUGGAGCCCACUUGGGAGUUUUGGCUGCUGUGAGUAAAUCUUUUUAUUUUUUUGCUAACCAUGAGCCUCUGUGGAGAAAUCUUGUAUUGGAUAAUCUAAAUAAUGGGUUUUUGUUUAAUGGGUCAUGGAAAUCUACUUAUGUUGCUGCUUUUUAUCCUUCAUUUGAUAUCUCUGACAUGGGUACAUCAAAUGUGAAAGUUAGAGACUUUUACUCUGAUUAUCUUUUCCAAAGUUGGUUAUGUGCUAAUCUUGAUAUGAAACCUGAAUGGCUUGAGAGAGAUAAUAUUGUUAGAAAGAAUGGCAUUUCUGUUGAGGACUUUGUGUUGAAUUUUGAGGAACCAAAUAAACCAGUAUUGUUUGAAGGGUGUAUGGAUAAUUGGGCUGCAUUGCGAAAAUGGGAUAGGGAUUAUUUACUUAAGGUAUGUGGGGAUUCGAAAUUUGCAGCUGGGCCAGUAGAGAUGAGGCUUGAUGAGUAUUUUAGGUAUGCAGAUCAAGUGAGGGAAGAGAGGCCAUUGUAUCUUUUUGACCCGAAGUUUGCAGAAAAGGUUCCCACUUUGGGUUCAGAGUAUGAAGUUCCAAUUUACUUCAGAGAGGAUUUAUUUAGUGUUUUAGGUAAUGAGAGACCGGAUUAUAGGUGGAUCAUAAUUGGCCCAGCAGGAUCUGGUUCAUCGUUCCACAUUGAUCCUAAUUCAACAUCAGCAUGGAAUGCAGUGAUAAAGGGGUCUAAGAAAUGGAUUUUGUUUCCUCCUGAUGUGAUACCACCAGGGGUGCUUCCAAGCCCAGAUGGCGCAGAGGUGGCAUGUCCUGUUUCUAUAAAUGAGUGGUUCAUGAACUUUUAUGAUGCAACAAAACAUUGGAAGAAAAGACCCAUUGAGUGUAUCUGUAAGGCUGGGGAGGUGAUUUUUGUGCCCAAUGGAUGGUGGCAUUUGGUGAUCAACUUGGAAGAAUCCAUUGCCAUUACGCAGAAUUAUGUCAGCAGGAGAAAUUUGUUGAAUGUAUUAGAGUUUCUCAAGAGGCCAAAUGCUAGUGAACUGGUAUCUGGAACACGAGACCGUGUGAAUUUGCAUGAUAAGUUUAAGAAUGCAAUUGAAUCAGCUUUUCCUGGAACCAUCAAUCAACUGAUGCAGAAAGCAGAGGAGAAAAAUGCACAACAGAAAAAACUUUCCUUCUGGGAUUCUGUAACAGAUUCCAAUGCUGGUGCUUUCAAGUUCUCUUUCUAAGCAACACCAGCCAAAACCACACCAUGUUGGAACAGAAAUACUGUUUUUGUAAUAAUUUUUUUUUUUUUUGGUAGGUGGAGAGUUUUAGGAGUUGUAUUGUCCAUCCUCAAGUCUUCCUUGAACAGAGCAGCUCAAAACAAUUUUGACAUUGAUUUAUUCAUAGAUUUUUCAUUCUAGUGUGA